AUGAAUCAACCUGUACGUUUAUGGGAUGUUGAACGUGGUGUUUGUCAAAAUAUACUUGUAAAACAUUCAGAACCUGUUUAUUCAGUUGCUUUCAUCCCAGAUGGUCGUUUAUUAGCAACUGGUUCAUUUGAUAAAGCGAUUUAUAUUUGGGAUAUUGCACGAGAAAUUGUUCAUAGUUAUCGACGUACUCGUGUUGGUGCAAGUGCUUCCGGCGGAACAGUGUGUGUACUCGAUCUACGUAAAUAA